AUGGGGAAGCAAAAGCUUUUUCUUCCGACUCAAGCACAGGCGACAUCCACCGACAGACGCCCCAAAUGGAAUAUAAUUCUUCUUUUGGCUUUUGUCUUAGCCCUACUCUGGACAGGCUUCCAUGUUGAUAUCGAGUCACUUGAUGGCCCAGUGUUCAACAGAGCUCCCACUUGUGUGCCUCACACUGUUCCAAUUUGCCCUCAAGCCCCGGCAUUGUCACCCCAAGUCCACAAGAACCUUCUUGCUGAUAUUGAGAGCGAAUAUGUCACCGGUGAUUUCAAGUUGCGUGUCGUGGAAUGGCUCAGAGGAGCUGUUCAAAUAAAGACUGUGACCUACGAUGAUAUGCGAGUCGUAGGGAAUGAUUCCCGAUGGGACGUCUUUGGGGAAUUUCAUAGCUACUUGAAGGAGGCGUUCCCUCUUGUACACGGCCGCCUCGAAGUUACCAAUAUUAAUACCUACGGGCUUGUUUAUCGUUGGGAAGGUUCUGAUGCGUCCUUGAAACCGCUGCUUCUUAUGGCGCACCAAGGAAAUUAUUCUCCAGACGUAGUUCCAGUGCAAGAAGAUACUGUCACCCAAUGGGUUCAUCCACCCUUUUCUGGCUACUUCGAUGGAAAGUUUUUAUGGGGGCGAGGAACUUGGGACGACAAACAGGCACUGAUUGCAAUCCUGAUUACAUUGGAAACUUUACUCAAGCAUGGAUACAAGCCUACCCGGACAAUCUUCUUUGUUUCUGGGUUCGACGAAGAAAUCGGCGGGCAUUUUGGCGCGGGACGUAUUGCCAGCCAUUUCCUCUCCACAUAUGGGCAAAACUAUUUUGCGAUGCUUGUAGAUGAAGGGCCCGCACAAACAACAGCGUUCGGAGCUCGAGUUGCUGCACUGGGGAUCUCGGAAAAGGGUUAUACCAACGUAAAAGUCUCUGUUGCUAGUCCUGGCGGCCAUUCAAGCGUACCUCCUACCCAUACAAGCAUUGGUCUGCUGGCCUUAGCUCUCGUUCACCUGGAAGAAAAUCCCGAACCAGCGCAUUUAACCCGAACCUCCCCUCUAUAUGAACUAUACCAAUGCCAGGCCGAGCACUCACCCAAUUUCCCUGAGAAGUUGAAGAGAGCCCUUCGAAGGAGUCUUCACAACGAUAAAGCACUUAAGAGGGCCGAGAAGCUUCUUUUUGCCUCAGAGGAGGUGAUGUUAACCGCAUUUACUUGCACACAACGCAAGCCAUCGACCUUAUCGGGGACAGGUAGACGCUCACUUCGCUUCGCUGUUCCUUGGUGUCUUCUACCCACAUUUUCCACCUCAUCGUUUAGUUCCGUAAAUUCUACUCAUUCCUCAAUAGUCGACAAGCUGACACCCAUUGCCCGCGGGUUGCAGCUGGAUUUCGAGGCGUUCGGAUUUAACGUUACUACAGAGCUUGAUCCUGCUGGCCAGUUAACACUUUCACACUUUUUGGAUGAUGACUUGGAACCUGCUCCAGUAUCUCCGCCUGAUUCUGCCCCAUUCCAACUACUUGCUGGUACGAUACGCGAGACUUGGGAGACGGGCAGAGGCAAGGACUCUGAGGAGCCUCUCAUUGUUGCUCCGGGUAUAAUGCCUGCUAAUACCGAUACAAAGUAUUUCUGGAAGUUGACUCCACACAUCUUCCGGUAUAAUCACUUAGGGACGGAGGACAUACGACCACUUAAGAAUCAGCCACAGAACGGAGGCAUGCACAGUGUAAAUGAAGCCAUUCGCAUUGACGGCUACCAUGAUCAAAUCCGCUUCUUUACCCAUCUGGUCCUCAACGCUGACGAGGCAAAUCUUUGA